AUGGGCUUCUCGUCCGCUCUGCAGGGUCGAGCGGCGCAUGAUGCGCUGCUCAACCGGCAGGAGGCCGAACUGAAGCUGCUCGAAACGAUGAAGCGAUGUCUGGCGCAGAAGGCCAAGUGUGAUCGCGAGUACGCGGUUUCGCUUGCGGCCGUCACACAGCAAGGGCUCAAAAUUGAUCGAUCGGACGACCUGCAAGGAAGCCACAUUAUGCGAGCCUGGCGCAGCUUCAUGGAGGAAUUGGAGCACACGGCGAAACAGAUUCGCACCAACGCGGAACAGCUGGAGACGGUGUGCCACGACAAGCUAGCCAGCCUGUCUCAGGAGAAACGACGCGUUCGGAAGCAGUACCAGGAGGAGCACACCAAAAUCGCCACCCAGUUCAGCCAUCUCACAGAAGACGUCGCACGGAAGAAAAGCGAGUACCAGAAGCAUUUAGACUACUACAAACUGUUGCGGGGCCGAUUCGAGGAGCACAUCAAAUCCGGGCGGUCCGGACGGAAGCUGGACGAUGUCAUCGACAAGUACCAGAAAGCCUGCCGGAAGCUGCACCAAGCGCACAACGAGUACGUCCUCCUCAUCACCGAAGCGGUCGAGGUGGAGAAGGACUUCCGGACGAUACUGCUGCCCGGGUUGCUCGAGCACCAGCAGUCCCUUCAGGAGGGCUUCAUCCAGGCGUGGAGCAACCUGCUGCAGGAAAUCGCUAAACUGAGCGACACCACAUCCGACAAGUACACCGACAUUCAGCGACGCAUCGAAUCAAGCCUGGCGAGCAUCAACGCGGCUGAGGAGUAUCGCGAGUUUACGGAAAAGCACAAAACCUCACCGGCCGCACCGGUUGUCUUCCAGUUUGAUGAGAGUCUCGUCGAGGAUAGCCUCGGAAAGCUACAGGCCAACACGCUGACCGUCGACAACUUGACAGUUGAUUGGCUGAGAGGCCGGCAAACGGAGCUAGAGGGCACGGUUAAGGACCUGCAGGAUCGGCAAGGCAAGCUGUGUGCCGACACGAACGGAUCGAACGGUGUUGGAGGCGGUGGUAGUCCGUCAGGCAGCCCCGUUGGUACACCUGGUACGAAACCCUCUACGCCCAUCUUGAACGGUGCCAACGGUAAUGGUGUACUCGGGAAGGACCACAACACGAACAAAUCCUCCAAGGAGCUAAACACGCUGCGCUGCCAGGAACGGCAAACACUCAAGCUGGUGGACAUGAUUCGCUCGGCCCUAAACGAAGUUGGCUGCGAGGAACUGCCCUCCGGCUGUGACGAUCUCUCCGUGGAACAUCUGAUCGAGAACAAGAAGUCUGUCAGCCAGGAUCUGUCGGUGGACUCGCUUCAGAACACCUCCUCAUCAGCAGGCGGGCUGUUCUCCUUGCGAGCUGGCACAAACAGUAGUGCCGGUGGUGGUGGUGGUGGUGUGAUGUCAAUGCUUAUGGAUCAACUGCGGCGGAAAUCUGGUCCUGCAGCGCUUGCCGCACUCGGUUCGAGUGGUUCCAACCGGACACCACGCGCUGGUCCUACACCGGUGGCAACACCCAAACCAGGACAUCGUGGAACUCCAACAACUACGGUAACUACGCUUGCUUCGGUUGAUGUGUGUGACCGUGUGCUGGCUGUUGCUGCUUCGGAUGGUGCUGAAUCGCCACCGCUCGCUACUAAUUGCUCUCAAACGGACGACAACAACGAGCCGGCCGGUGGAGGUGCCACGUACGCGGAGUUACUUCCGGUGCAUGGGUCCGACUCCGCCGACCAGCGGUUGUCGAACGUGUACGUUGAUAUGGAGGCGUGCUUGCUGAACGGGCCCGAACUGGAGCGCUCGUUUGGAUACACUAACAUGACCGAUCGGCCUAACCUCACUAAUAACAUGGCCAACGGGCGCACGCCUCAGUACCGGCGAUUGCGCGCGCAAACCGCAAGCAGCGAGGACAGCGAACACUCGCACCUGUUGGGCGCCCUUGGGCGGGGGCGUGAUCGUGCAAGAACCGGUCAGGACGAUGAGGACGAUGCCGGCAGCUGUGGGACGGUCGAUGAGCUGAAUGACUCGAAGAACAAUCUGCUGCGAGGUGAAAGCUUCGAUGAGAACCGUUCGACGGGCGAAACGGUACCGCAAGUACUGGAGGACGCGCGUUAUCUGACGAUGAAACGAGAAGACCCGGAAGAGUCCUGCACGCGCAGGUGGAAAUCGUCCAUCGAGCGGCAUUUGGAUGACAUCGAUGCGCUUAAUCAGAAGCUGGACGAACACCGGCGCUUGGCGGCACGGCUUUCCGAGGAGUAUGAGUACGUGCGUGUGCAAACCCUUCGACCUGUGGUUGUAAACCCACCGAAGCCUUCCACCGGGUCACCGUUUGAGAAGGCGAGCAGUUUCCGCGAACGGAUCAAGCGGCGCAUCAAAGGUGCGAAGGCGGCUGAGGGCGAACGGGGCGUUUCCCCACCCGACACACCUGACCACACUGCGGAGGGUUUUUCCGGCCGGUUGAGACACCGAAUCGCCGCCCAUCAGGGCCAACGUCAGUUCCGGUUGAUGCGUGACACGGAUUCGGCGAGUCCUUCCACGGACCGCUCGUCGGUGGCACCGAGUGGAGGUGGUGGGCGUAAGAAGAAGAAGCGCAAAAGUGCAUCCAAAGUCAACCGAGGAGGAGGUGCUCACGGACACGGACGGCACGGUGGUGGGCAGUUGCGGGGUGUAGUGCCACUCCACCGUCAACCGGCAUUUUCCGAGGACGAACUGUUGGCUGAUGAACGCGCAGGUCCGCAAUCUGGGAGAUCUCCAGAGCCCACGAAACCCGCCGGUCUUGGGUCGUCCUUUUCGCAGAGUGUCCGCGCAACUUGGCGUGAGUUGAUCCACUCCACGAACAAGGUGAAGGACUCGUCGAUGGGUGCCAUCACGCUCCGGAAGCCGGAAGAGAAGCUCGAUCUGAUCGCGGAUCCUGACCCAGGACAGGGUCUUCUAUCGAUACGGUUCACCUUCUCGGAUGCUGCUGGUCGGAAGAUGCCAGAGGACGUAACGGAUGUGGGCACUCCUGCCGAUUACUGCGUGCCGCUGCUACUCGUCCCCGAAGACCCGGUUGUAACCGGUGGACAUAAAGCCAAGACCGGAAACCUACGCGAUCGGUUGACGAAGCUCGUGCAGAAGAAAAGUACGAACGCGAGUGGCCAAACCAGCCUACCGGAAGUAUGCCGCACGUGCUCGAAGCGAAUCGUACGGCCAGCGGGCGGAAUUCACCCAAGCCAGACGGUGCUCGACUUUGGGAAGGAAUUUCCCGAGCUGGAUCUGUGUACCGGUGGCCACGGGCAUGGGAUGGGUGGUUCCGGUGAAGGGGACGGGCGCGAGUGGCCACUUUCCGAGAUGAUCAAUCUCGAGUACGAAGAUAUCGAUGUGCUAACGAUUAAGCCCCACAAACUAAUCGAUCCUUGCGAGGGUGGCACCGACGCGAGUAUGACGCUGUCGACGAACCGUCCCCUGCACGAGGAAGAGUGGUUCCAUGGUGUCCUGCCGCGCGAGGAAGUGGUCCGAUUACUGCGCAACGAGGGCGACUUCCUGGUGCGCGAAACGACGCGCAACGACGAAAGCCAAACCGUGCUGAGUGUCUGCUGGAACGGACACAAGCACUUCAUCGUGCAAACGACGGCCGAGGGCCACUAUCGCUUCGAGGGACCGGCUUUCCCGAGCAUACAGGAGCUGAUCGUGCACCAGUACCAGUCGGAGCUGCCGGUAACGGGUCGAUCGGGAGCCGUCCUUCGAAAACCGGUCCUACGGGAACGCUGGGAGCUCAGCAACGACGACGUGAUUCUGCUGGACAAGAUUGGCCGCGGUAACUUUGGUGACGUGUACAAGGCGAAGCUGAAAUCCUCCAAAAACACGCUCGUGGCGGUGAAAACCUGCCGAAUGACGCUACCCGAGGAGCAGAAGCGCAAGUUCCUGCAGGAGGGCCGCAUCCUGAAGCAGUACGAUCACCCAAACAUCGUGAAGCUGAUCGGGAUCUGCGUGCAGAAGCAACCGAUCAUGAUCGUGAUGGAGCUGGUGGCUGGAGGAUCGCUGCUGAUGUUCCUGCGCAAGAACGCUUCCACACUUGGCCAGCGGCAGAUGAUGGGCAUGUGUCGGGAUGCGGCGGCCGGUAUGCGCUACCUGGAGUCGAAGAACUGCAUCCACAGGGAUCUGGCCGCCCGCAACUGUCUGAUCGGGAGCGAAAACAUUGUGAAAAUCUCCGACUUUGGCAUGUCACGCGAAGAAGAGGAGUACAUCGUGUCCGGUGGGAUGAAGCAAAUCCCAAUCAAGUGGACCGCCCCGGAAGCGCUGAACUUCGGCAAGUACACGUCACUCUGCGACGUCUGGUCGUACGGCAUUCUGGUGUGGGAGAUCUUCAGCCGGGGCGAUACGCCCUACUCUGGCAUGAGCAACUCGAUGGCACGCGAACGGAUCGAUGAGGGCUACCGCAUGCCGGCACCGGAAGGUGCCCCACCGGAAAUGUACCGCCUGAUGCUGAAGUGCUGGUCGUACGAACCGGAAAGCCGGCCGCACUUUGACGAGAUCUACAGCGUGGUCGAUGCGCUGCUGCUCUGCACCAAGGAAUGACGGACGGGGGUGACCGGGGUGGGUGUGCCGAUUGCGAAGGGCACCACCGGCGGGUGGCCAGCAGCCCGGGGACUGUGGACCGAAGGGUUGACCAUCCUGCAGCAGCUGUUUAACGCUCCGAGUGGCGUUUAGUGGCACGGCAUUCAGGGGUGUCAUUCUUCCAUUAUCAGCUGCAUGCGACGCACUGCAAUCGAUGCUUUUCUUUAGCUUUAUUCCAUUCGUUGGCCACCUUUGCCGAAGGGUUUUAUUCGCUCGCGGGGAGUGCUAAAUGGCCGGUGGAAAACUCGUCCCGAAGGCAACGGAAACGCCCGUGCCCGGGGGACAGCGAUCUGGACGGUGCUUUUUCGGCAAGCAUUGCGCUGAGCAGAAGCAGGAUCAAAAAAGGGACACGCCACACUAU